ACUUUAUACUAAUGAAUCCAUUCACUUUUGAUAAUUCAAUACCACCACUUAAAAGAGUAAAAGAAAGAUUAGUUGGAGAUGCAAUACUAAAGGUAAAUUAAUGGAAAAUGAUUCUUUCAAAUGGAAUUCCAUAAUAAGAUGGUACUACAAUGAGAUUAACUUUAAAUAAAGCAGCUGAGAUAAUAGGAAUUCCUAAAAAAAGUUUAGAAGAUUAUAAUCAGCUAUUUAAAAAAGUUUAAUUGCUGACUGAUGUUAAUCAAUUUGCUAAUGAGAAAAUGGGUGUACUAAGAAAUUAUUUAAGAAAAAAUUCCAAAAAGCUCAAAAAAAUAUUAAAAACAUAGAAAGUCAAAGAAAAUAAAAAAACUAUAUAAAAAAAUAAAAUUUAAGAUAAUUCUGUUCUAUAAUAUCUAUCAGAUAUCAAAUAAAAUGAAGAAAUUAAUGAAAUUGGAUAGCAUUCAAUCUCAAAUUAAUAAAAUUAUUAAAAAUAAGAGGAAACUUCAAUGAUAAAAUUAGAAUAAGAUUAUGAUUUUUUCAAUAAUUUUGAAAAAGAAUAUGAAUCUGAUCUAGAAAGUAAUCCAUCACCUUUAGGAGUAAAUUUUAUAUUCAGAAACAAAUAAACAGGAUUUAAUGAACAGUUAGAUUAAUUUUGA